AUGGUGGCAUCAGAGGCAGCACAACGCGCCGCUGCGCGGUCGCCGUCUGGCGCCGCGAUGCUCGCCGCAAGCAACGCUGGUGUCGGCUCGGCAGCGAGCAGCGCUUCGGGCGGUGGCUUGACUGCAGAGGAGGACGUUACCGUUCUCGAGUUCUCCGUCCGUACUGAGCGGAGUACUGUCAGACUUUCUCACGUGCUACCCGCGCACUCCCCAUCCCUCGCCACCCGCCCCACUCCCCUCCUCGCCCGUUGUUCUUCUUUCCGCCGAAUUAAGCCUGUCCUCCGCUCUCCACCAUUAUUACCCUUCCCCCACCACCUUCCCCGUUUUUUCCCCUUUCCCGCUUUCCCCCUUUCCCUUCCCCCUGCCCUCUCCGCACCCUCUCGAACCCCCAGUGUGGAGGUGGGACGGGCGGCUCAGCGCGCGGCCAGGGGAUGGCUGGUUAUGGGGAAGGCGGGGGGCGGCGGAGAAGGGGGAAGCGCGCUCGGGGGAAAGGGGGCGGGCUCGUUUGCGCGAUGGGGCGGGGGCAAGAGCGGAAGCGGGGCGGGGUUGAAGGAAGGGGAGGACUGGGAGGGUGCGGAGGAGGGGGAGGGGGAGGCGGAGCAGGGGGAGGGGGAGGCGGCGUCCGCGGAAGUGGGGCGGAACAUGGCGUUCUGGCGCGCGUGUGUGAAAGUGGAGAUGUUUCUCAAGAUCUGUCGCAGCAUAGGGCUGUAUGAUGUGAAUGUCUUCACCCCGCCUGAUAACCAUCCCACUCCCUCACCCCCUCCUCCCUCCCCCUCCCCCCCGUUUUCCCUCCGUGCCAUGCAGAUCUGUCGCAGCAUAGGGCUGUACGACGUUAAUGUGUUCACCCCUCCCGAUCUGGUGGAAAGGCGGGAUCUGAGGCGGGUGUAUCUGAGCCAUGCUGCUGCAUUCCCCAUAAAUCCCAUCCUUCCCCGUUUCUCCCAUCCCCCCUCCCCCAACUCCCCCUUCUCCCCUCCCUGUCCUCCCCUUUCCACUCCCCCCUUCCCGCUCCCACUUCCCCCCUUCCCUCCCCCUCUUCACCUUCCGUGCCAUGCAGAUCUGUCGCAGCAUAGGGCUGAUUUUGAGGGCAGCAUGGUGACUGCCACGUCAGCAACACGCCACCGGCUCAUGUCGUCCGUCAGGAGUGAUUAUCUGCCGAACCUGCCAACUUGGCUCGGCCCGGAGCAGCAGGCGGUGGUUCGGUCGCGAUCGCCGGCGCGGGUGCCUCCUUGGGUGGUGAGGGAGGGGGGAGGGCCAGCAGAGGCUGUACGGGGGAGGAGGAGGUCGGCUUCAGUUACUGCGGUGCAAAGGGCCCCACCCGCCACAGUCACACCCAGACAGCCAAGACCCCCCCGCACACACACCUCCCCUCUGCGCUCCAUCUCCCCCACUUCCACCGUUUUCCACCCAUCUGAACCGGAGUCCCUCCCUGACACAAGCACUAUGGGGAGGGGCGGACGGGGGCGGAUGGGGCAGCAGGAGGAGUUGGUUUUAUUAGAUCAGCAGCAGGAGGAGCAGCAGGGGAGGGGGUUAGGGGCACGGAAGUGGCAGUUGCUGGCAGCAGCAGGGGCGGCGGUGCUGGUGGGGGGAGCGGUGGUGAUGGCAGCACAGCGGCAUCAACGGCUGAGAUCGGCCGGAGCGAGCAGCGAUUGGGAGAUUGAGAAUCUGAGGAGGAAGGGGAGGAGAGCGAGUGGGGGAGGAGUGGGGGAAGUAGGGGGGGUGGGGAAGGUAGGGGUAGGAGGGUUGGGUGGGUCAGCAGGGAAAGUGGCUGAGGGGAAGGACUCAGUUGAAGCAGGUUCAAAAUCAGCAGAAGGGGAGGUGGUAACCGAGGGAGGGUUUUCCCACUGGCUGACUUCUCUGCCCACGGGCACAAAGCUCACUGAGAAGGAGUUCGAUGAGAGGUAA